CACUUUUUCCUCUUCAAUGACCACAACUAUUGCUGAGCCUAAAUUCAACCGGUACAAAGUGCAGAGCACAGACGUUCUACAAGAUGCCCGUAUCAAUGUUCUAGAAGAAACUUCGGAGCAGGUUAUUUGGUUCAAGGAGAGAUUCCUCGGGGACGAUGAAAUUAUUGAACAUCUCAUCCACAAUCCAACAAACACAGUUUGCUGGAUAAUUCAUCGACCGAGCCAGAAAGGCUGGUAUAUUCGAAUCCGCUCACCCACAUUUCCACCUGGCGUCUUUAUUCCUCUCGUUCCUCUGCCAUCCAAGAACCCAUUGCACUCUGACGGGGCUUUGUCGUUCAAGUCGCGCACCAAUUUAUUGAACACAGCACAAACGCUCGAAUACCGACCGCCUAUUCAGCCAGUACCAAAUGUCAGUACUUCUUCCGUUCAUCAUUCAUACCCACCAACUCCACCGCCAAUACCGACAGUGGCGCUGCGUCCGCCGACACCAGAUGUAGCACCUACGUCGCUAUCUGUAGCAGCUUCAGCGUCAUCUUCUGCGCUACUGGAGUCAAAGCCAGAUCCUAUACCCAAGCCUCCAACACCAUCCUCAACAACCGAAUUCAUUCUUGCUCCGGCGACCGAACCAUCCACAUCUACAUCAUCCCUGUCAACAGCGCGUGAAAGCUUAUUCUCGCGGGCGGUGAAGGCAUUCAGAUUCUAUGAGAAGGACAUCUCGAGCGGGUAUUCGUUUUCACUUGCCAGAGUUGUCGUACAGUCCCCGCCGCCUUAUGCUGAAACCACUUCAGUACUUCCUACAUCAUCCCCUCCGCAAAAGACGUCGAUAGCAUUAUCCACUUCACCUUCGCGAUCAUCUGAUUCAACCCUCUCUAUACCGACGUGUAUCAAAGCACUUCCGGUUUUGACAUUUACAGACCUCACAUCUACGUUUACAGUAGGGUCAGUGAACGGGAUACUUCAGCUCGACAAGCUUGAAGCAGAGGUGCUCGGCGUCGAUCCAAGCUUUUGGGUCGCUGUGGCAUUGACUUAUCUGGAUUUCUUAGAAGAGAGAGGGAGUUAUUUGGCAAGUCUCGGAGAUUAAGAUACUGUUUUUCACAUGUAUAUCGACGGUUAAACCGCAGGCGGUCUCUGCUUAGAGCGACUAUGCACUCUUUCAUCGAUGGGUUGUUUGACAGAUGGGUACGCUGGCACAUUACUUUACCCUGUAAUACUAGCAUGACUAUAUGACUUGAUCAUGACCGAAAUCAUCAACAUAACACAUUUAC